GAGCCAGAAGCCUCGCCCCCCGACGACGUUCCGGAGUCUCAGCGGCUGCCGCCCCACCCAGCCAGGCCUCGCCACCCCGAUCGCUCUCGGUCCCCCUCAGUCUGCUGUGACUUCCCCGGGACCAUGCGGCGCUGGCUGCGGUCCUUCGUGCUGCCUACCGCCGCCUGCCAGGACGCGGAGCCGCCCACGCGCUACGAGACGCUCUUCCGGGCGCUGGACCGCAAUGGGGACGGCGUGGUGGACAUCGGAGAGUUGCAGCAGGGGCUGCAGAGCCUGGGCAUCCCACUGGGCCAGGACGCCGAGGAGAAAAUUUUUGUUACUGGUGACAUCAACAAAGAUGGAAAGCUGGAUUUUGAAGAAUUUAUGAAAUACCUGAAAGACCAUGAGAAGAAAAUGAAGUUAGCAUUUAAAAGUUUGGACAAGAAUAAUGAUGGGAAAAUCGAGCCUUCCGAAAUUGUCCAGUCUCUCCAGAUGCUGGGUUUGCAUAUUUCUGAAAAGCAAGCAGAGCUGAUUCUUCAAAGCAUCGACUCUGAUGGGACAAUGACAGUGGACUGGAAUGAGUGGAGAGAUUACUUCUUAUUUAACCCUGUCACAGACAUUGAAGAAAUUAUCCGCUUCUGGAAACACUCCACUGGCAUUGACAUAGGGGACAGCUUAACUAUUCCGGAUGAAUUCACAGAGGAUGAGAAAAAGUCAGGACAGUGGUGGCGGCAGCUGCUGGCGGGAGGCGUGGCUGGCGCGAUCUCUAGAACAAGCACGGCACCUUUGGAUCGCCUCAAGGUCAUGAUGCAGGUUCAUGGUUCCAAAUCAAUGAAUAUAUUAGGAGGCUUUCGGCAGAUGGUAAAGGAAGGAGGAAUCCGUUCCCUUUGGAGAGGAAAUGGCACAAAUGUCAUUAAAAUCGCUCCCGAGACAGCUGUUAAGUUCUGGGCUUAUGAACAGUACAAGAAGUUGCUUACCGAGGAAGGACAAAAGUUAGGAACCUUUGAGCGGUUCGUAUCUGGUUCCAUGGCUGGAGCAACUGCACAGACUUUUAUUUAUCCCAUGGAGGUUCUGAAAACCCGACUAGCGGUAGCCAAAACCGGACAAUACUCUGGAAUAUAUGGAUGUGCCAAGAAGAUUUUGAAACAGGAAGGCUUUGGGGCUUUCUACAAAGGCUAUGUGCCCAACUUACUGGGCAUCAUUCCUUAUGCAGGCAUCGAUCUCGCUGUGUAUGAGCUUUUGAAGACUUAUUGGCUGGAUAACUUUGCCAAAGACUCUGUCAACCCUGGUGUCGUGGUACUGCUGGGCUGUGGGGCUCUGUCCAGCACCUGCGGGCAGCUGGCCAGUUACCCCCUGGCUUUGGUGAGGACUCGCAUGCAGGCACAAGCCAUGGUAGAAGGGGCCCCGCAGCUGAACAUGGUUGGCCUUUUUCAGCGAAUCCUCACCAAAGAAGGAGUGUCAGGACUCUACAGAGGCAUCACCCCAAACUUCAUGAAGGUGCUCCCCGCCGUUGGCAUCAGCUAUGUGGUAUAUGAAAAUAUGAAGCAGACACUAGGAGUAGCUCAGAAGUGACAUGCUCAAGUCUUCUUUUCCUGGUGACCAAAGCUGUCAGCGCGCUCUGGCGACUCCUGGGAUUGCAGCGAGUCUGUUGCGAAAGAAGCUGUUGUGCCCCCAGCCAAAGGGAAAGGAAUCUGCAGUCACUUCAAGCAUUUGGGCUCGGUUUUAUAUCUUCAGUAAUGCUCAAAAUCAUAGUUUCAAUAAGUGUUGAAGAAGCCACAAAAUUGUACUUUAUAUUUGCUGAUAAAGAUCCGUGCCUUGCUCCCUAAAUCUGAAAAUGUACCUGCUGAAGAUGAAAUCGUUUUGCGUGGUAGAAUUAUAAAUCACUAAUCUUUGUUCUAAUUGGUUCAGGUUUAUGUCAAUUUGUUUAUGCCAAUUUUU